CAUCAACUCGUACGAGACAUAACCACACUUUAAAAAUGCAUGCCGACAUGACAACUUCAGCAACGCCAAGGGUAGCACUGCUAUACUUAAUCUUAGUCCCCUGGAUUCUGGUCCGGGCGUACAUCCCCCCUUACAUGACAUUGCCUGCCGCGCCCACUUUGCCAGAUGCUUCAAUAACAGGUUAUGUGAACCUCACCAAUGGGGUUGACAUCUGGUAUGCCCAAUUCGGUCCAUCACUGGAGGAGUCAUAUGCACGCGGAAAGAUUCCAGUUCUCUUCCUACAUGGAGCACACGCAAGCUCCGCCUACUGGGGAAACCAGAUCCAGUAUCUGCUCUGCCAAAAUGAUCCUAGCACGAUUCUAGCCAUAGAUUCCCGGCUAAUGGGACGCUCAACGUACGGCGAUAUGACCACUUCUUUUGCGCUGAAGGCUGCAGAUACCAUAGCCGUUCUAGACCACUUCGGUAUUGCGCGGGCUGCUGUUGUCGGUUGGAGCAAUGGAGCGGUGGUUCUGGUAAAUCUCCUUUUAGACUAUCCCUCGCGUAUCGAGCGUGCAUUCGUCUUCGGAGCAGCGUAUGAUGCAAGCACCAGCAUUAAUAGAACCACGGAUACAGCACAAUACAACGCUACCGGUGCCAUCUAUUUCGAGCGUACGCUUGAAGAGCUAUCGCGGUUAUCGGUAAAUCCGGAACUGGUCCCUGCUGCACGCCAGGCUUAUUACGAGGAGUACCAGCGAGAGCCUCAUUGGAACUCGACAGACUUUGCUCGAAUACCAACACCUUUUGAGAAUUGCGGAGAUUCGCCUGUGGUAUGGUACGUUGAGGGUGCCGAGGAAGAAGUUACGACCAAAGGGGUAGCAAAGAUUAUGCAUGAAUGGACGUCUGGCUCGGGGCUGGUGGUGCUUCCUGAUGUCAGCCAUUUUGCGUAAGUUAGCUUUCCCGGCCGGUAUCUGUUUGAAGUUACUAACCUUGAUUACUAGUCUAUUGCAAGAUCCGGUCACAU